AUCGAUUUUACAUUUGACAACUUUGACAACUGAAAACUCGUUUAGGAUUUUUCGCGAGUCGAAAAUUAUUCCUGUUCCAAGAUACAUUCAGGAAAAGUCAUUUUUCUCAAAAUGUUUAUUACAAGACCCGUAUUAUCUCGACUGUUCCAGCAAACAGUGCGCCGCUACCAUGCCGGUGAGGUCAAGCCACCCAGCAUGGAUGAGCUGCCGGUACCCAACGGCUCGUGGCAGGCGCGCUACGACGCCAGCCAGAGGCACUACAACUCAGUGCUCGCAUUCGGUGUCGCGUUUGCUGCUUUCAGCGUUGUAGUGGCUAAAUCUUCUGGAUUGGUGUACUUCAACUACUCCCCACCAAAGUCCCUGGAUUAAAUGAUGUAUUAUGGUCUAUGUAUGGAAAAUCAUUUAGUUCAAAUAAAUAGUAUUUAAAAAUCAUUUUAAGUUUA